UGUUCUAAACAGCAUUUGAGCCUACCAUUAGCUAUAAAAACUCACCUCCUCCUAGACUCGAGAUCUGUUGGUUCCAGACCUUCUAAGGUCUACCCACUGACCACAUUACAGCGACCUCCAUCUUCAUCACCACCAUCAUGUCUCUCACUAGUGUCGUCAACAACAUCUACACAGCACCAACACAAUGAAUGGUUCUAACAUAUCGCUGUUCGUGAGCUUUCCUCACCACGGUUAACAGCUAACAUACAACACACGCAGAUGCAUGUAGAUAUAUGGAUAAAUGUCCAUCAACCACUUCCAUUUGUCAUUCAGUUUGUGUAUAUAUGUGUGGCCACAUUAAACGUAUUUAAAGUUACAAUCUUGUUUAUAUAUUCUUCAUCUGGGUUUCCUACCAAAUAUUACAGCCUUCUGAGUAGAGUCACAUUAGAUGGAAUACAACCUAAACCAUCUAAAAUGGUGAUCCUGACAAAACAACAACUUAUCCUUCUAUAAUGGUGACCCCCAACGCAACAUGGACACUUACCCAUCCAUAAUGGUGACUCACGAUGUUCCAGACCACUAAACUAACUAAAAUGGUGACAGCUAUUCUUUUCAACAAGGAAAAGAGGGCAUCUUUUUUCUGCGUAGUAGCCAUGCUGAAAGAAACGGUAUGGACGACACGAGUGAAAGGGAUUGGGACAGGUCACUUCAUCUCCGGAUACGGCUUGAUGGAGAACUAAAUCUCAAAACUGUUGCUUUAGGAACCGGAACCAAAUGUAUUGGGCAAUCCAAAAUGAGUAAAAAUGGUGAUGUCCUUUAUGACAGCCAUGCUGAAGUUAUAGCAAGGAGAGCAUUUCUUCGGUUCCUUUAUCAUGAGAUAUCAUUGGUUUAUAAUGGGGAAGAGAGUGAAGUGUUUGUGUUGCCAGCUUCAAAAGCACACAAUCAAUGUCUACUUAAAAAUAAUGUUGAAUUUCAAUUUUUCAUGAGCAGUACACCAUGUGGUGAUGCUUCCAUAUUCCCAAUGAUGCCUGAAGAUACAUUCUCUAGGAUUGGAGAGAUCUGUGUAAAUAUUCCAAGCCAAACAAACUCUUUAGAGGAGGAGCAAAUCAAACAAACAGCUGAAGAACCAGUUGCUAAAAAAUUUAAAACUGAUGAUGGCAUUUGUGAAAGCUCAUGUGAAAGACUUCAGUUUCCUGAAAAAGAUAAUGUGAAACAUUUGACAGAUUCAUCAUUUGCUUUGGCUGAAGACAUUUUUCGAACAGGUGCCAAGUGUGUGCCCUUUGGGAAACAAGAUACCUACGAACCAGGAAUUAACUAUCAUUGUAUAAAUGCUCUCAGGAUUAAGCCAGGCCGAGGCGACCGUACACUUAGCAUGUCUUGCAGUGAUAAAAUUGCCAGAUGGAAUUUUCUGGGAUGUCAAGGUGCUUUGUUGAGCCACUUCCUUUUCGAACCAAUUUACUUUAAGUCUUUUAUUAUUGCAAACUGUCCAUUCAGUGUUGAUGCUGCCCACAGAGCUCUUAUGGGAAGAUUUGAAACACAAGCUGAAUCACUUCAUUUACCUGACGGUUAUUUCAUGAACAAACCAAAUAUUUUACAGUCCUCUCUCUCAUUUGCUGACAAUAAAAACAACUCCAAGACUGGUAAUUUGAAAGAAAAUGUCAUUCCAUGCAGUACAACAAUAAUUUGGUAUAAGAAAGGUGAAAAUGCAACUGAAGAAAUUGCAGUGAAUGGCAGAAAGCAAGGUGCAACAUUGAAAUCGAUAAAUAACUGCUCAGCCCAUUUAAGUAUUUCCUGCAAAGCUCUAUAUUCUGAGUUCAAGCGUGUUAAAGAGAUUGCAUCAAAAGUUAACAAGUUACCACUCACUUUAAAGAGCCUUGAAGAUGAUUCAUCCAGCGGCCAAACCUAUUACUCGCAUAAAAUAGCUGCUAUGAAAUACCAAGAUAUUUGGAACCAAUUGCUGAAGGGAACCUUAAAGACAUGGGUUAAAAAGCCAAAAGAAUUUAUGCAAUUCUUAUGAUAUUUAAUAAAAAAAUAUUUUCUUUAAUA